CUGACGUAUUUUUUGGGGGCAUUGUUGAAGCAGGGGAAUGCAUGUAACUGUUAGUGAACAGCUUGUAUAUAUUUUAGACAGCGUUUUGGGGCCUAAGUGCUGUUAAGGCAUAUCUAACACGGGUAUUUGACAUAAGGCUUUUCGAACAACUUCAACGUUAUAGGGCGCCUUAGUUAGAUGUAGACUCAUGACAAAGAAUUUGGCCAGACUGCGCGCUAGCAAAGCUAACAGUUCCUUAGGAAGAGGCACACAAAGGAAAUGCGGUCGAUUUGAAAGUAUUAACGUAAACUAAAUGGUCAAGGGAGAUAACUUAUCUACAACUACUUUGCAACACAAUAACGUUAUAUCUCAAGCUAUGGUGUAACCUGCAGGCAGUAGAGAAUUUUGUUAAAAACUAACCCCGACACAUCUUUCAUCUACCUAGCUAGCUAGCUAACGUUAACUCGCGAGCGUUGGCUGACGUUAUGUGAAGAACUGCCGUAAUGGCGACAACAUUACUCGUAAAAAGAGUGCACAUUGACUUUUAUCCUAAAACUAAAAGAAGGCAGCUAGCAAACUAGCCUGUAGUACGAGCUACCUAACGUUUAGUCAAGUGUUCCUUAGCAAAGCUACUCCGCUAGCAAAUGUGCUAGUGUAGUUUCUGUUUCGAAGAGGGCAGUUAACUGUUCGUUUCAGAUCUUUCUUCCAGUGUCAGUGUUUGUUGUAUUUGACUUGAAUAUAGUCGACUAGCUAGUUACCUUAGAUGCCUUUUUGUCUAUAAGCAGUUACGAUAACGUUCGCUAGUAUUUGAAGUAGGAAUAAGUUAGCAUUGACUAACCGGCUAAUUAGCUAGCUGAGCUAACGCUGUACGACUGUAGCUAACGUUACCCACUACAAAGUAACGACAGCCAGUAGCACCGCUGCUGCCACCACUGGAUUUAAGUGACAGCAAGGGGACGAACAGUAGUUAUUUCUCUUCGAGACAACAAUGGCAACCGCAACAGGCGAGGCCCUGUUUUUAUUAAAGGAUGUGAAGCCUGGGUCGAAAAAUCUGAAUAUCGUAUUCAUCGUGUUGGAAAUAGGACGAGUAACCAAAACGAAAGAUGGUCAUGAGGUUCGCUCGUGCAAGGUGGCAGACAAGAGCGGGAGCAUUGCCAUCUCUGUUUGGGACGAGCUCGGCAGCCUUAUUCAGCCAGGGGACAUCAUCAAGUUGACUAGAGGCUAUGCAUCCAUAUGGAAAGGCUGCCUGACCCUGUACACUGGAAGAGGAGGGGAUCUACAGAAGAUUGGAGAGUUCUGCAUGGUGUAUUCAGAAGUGCCCAACUUUAGUGAACCAAACCCAGAGCUGCAAACCCAAAACAACCAGCAAAACAAGUCUGGUAAACCAGACCAGAAUCAGAGGGGAAACUCUCCGCCCAAUCAGAAUUCAGGUACACCUGCCCCACCAGGUAAUGGUUCCAUGCCACCGUUUAACAACAACCCACCACCUGGGGCACCCCGUGACACUGCAUUCGGGAGCGUUGGGCGACCCAACGGCCGGUCACCUGGCAAUGGAGCACCUCCAGUUACUGCUGCAGGACCCCAAACAUCCUCAAAGUCUUCAGUUACCAUUAGCAAUGGCAGGGACCCAAGGCGUGCCAAAAGAUGAAAUUGGGGUUUGGGGGGGCUCAUGUGGGAAUACUAUGGACAUCCCCAUUUCCCCCUGCUCCCCUUUUUUUCUUUUUUUUUCUUUUUUAAAAAUGCAUUUCUGCCCCUUCCCAUCACAGCCUAUAUUGACUUUCAAAAUAUUGUAUUAAAUUAUGGACUGCUUGCAUAAUUUUUUUUUUUUAUACAGGCUAACCUAGUCUGUAUAGUUUUGUCAUGCGUAGUGCAAGUAGCGCUCUCAGUAAGCAGUGUGAUUGUGACCUACCACUUAAUGCGCUAGUGGGACUUGUAUAGUCGAUGGUUGAGUUGUGGUCAGCCUUUUCUUGUCUACACCCCCGUCUUCUAAAUCUUACUGCAAAUUGCCAGUUCUGUGCCAGUGUUUCCUUCCCUGUUACGUUCUUUCAAACUAUACACCCUACUUGAACACUUGAUGCACUUUCUUCUCUUAAUUUAUGUCGGGGCAAACUUGGCUGCCAUUUAAAUCAGGAAAUCUGUUUCUGCUUUUUAGUGGAAACGGCCUUAAGUUGGUGAAAAUGGACUGAAUGCACAAGCAAAAUUUCUUCAAAAGGGUCUUUGCUCUCUUAACCGAACUGUAUCUGAAGUGACUCUGUGAAAGGUGUUAGUUUAGAAUUUUUAAUAGGUAGGUAGAUUGAUAUUAAACAGUUUUUUCAUUGAAUAAGGUUUUUUUUAUUUUAUUUUUUUGUUCGCCAUCAACUGUACCUUGAUCAAGGUGGGACCACUUAAAUGCUGGCAAAGCAGUGCACAGAAUAAAUUUUACAGUAAUUCUGCUGCCACGUGUGGUCUGACAGUCAAACACAGGUUACGGUUAAUGUCAAGUUUGUUACACUGCACUUAAGGUAUAGAACGUCUUUAGUAAUAUUGCUAUGACAAAUUGUGACUGUUGACGUGCAAGGACCUUGAGUAAAGAUUUUUAUUUGG